AUGUCGCAAAGACUUCAAAGGCGCAACGUGAAAAAGCCCGAAUGCUCCAACGAGAACUGCGGGUCUCGGCGCUUUCACGUGGGUGACGAUGGCUUCACCUACUGCGACCAAGGCCAUCAGCAAUCGGAGGUAUUCAAUAAUAAUCUCAAAAUUCCACGUACCAAAGGCGCGAAGCAGAACACCACUGACACUAAUACUCCGAGUAGCUGGGGACGGUCGUCGCAGAGGAUACCGGAGAAUUAGUGACGCUGGGGAGGACGUCGAGGAGGAAAGACUCGGAUGCUGAGUCUCAGACCAGUAGAGGUAUUUUGAGACAAGAACGCGUUCAUUGAAGGAAGGCUGCCUUGUGAUUUACGACUGACACAAGAUUAUUAGUGUCUGGCUUUCGGGGACCAAAGGCUUUCGAGCACUAUUUGCUCUGCGCACAGCUCGUCUUGAGGAAACAACUGCGGUGGUUGAUUGAUGUACAAGGCCUGCCUGAGGAAUUGGAAGUAUGCCAAUCAAGAUCCCUCGCGUCGGUUCUUUGAACGGCGAUGUAUCGCCAUCGCUGCAGUUUUGGCCGACUAUUGCUGACACUUGCUGCAGAGCUUGGUCAAAGACUUGUGGGCUCUCCGUUUGCAAAAGCUCCAAGGACAGGUCACCGAGGAUUCUGAGACGGAAACCGAAGCCGCCUCGUUCAGAAUGUUCAGCUCGCAAUCGGAAGGCGGGUCAGGCACAGACGGGGAGACCGCAGCCUCUGUGAGGAGAAGACAAGCGAGUCGCAAGAAACCCCACGGGCCUGGACUUACAGAUUUGAUAUGUCUAAUCUAUGUGGGCAUCAUACUUCUCAGGAUUCCCCUCACGAUCGCGGAUUUGCACAAGUGGAUCAACAGUGGCGACCUGCUCUUCUACAGUGCCGCCAAGGAGCUCCCUCUGACGAUGCGAGACCGUCUCCCAGGUCACCUGCAGGAGAUGUUGCAACCCCAAAAUCUCGUUGCUGGAGAGGUGCUGCAUCGAAACGCAUUGGAGUUGCUCAGAUCCCUCAGCACGGACUUCGGCAUGAGUGCUCCUCCUCUCAAUCAGCCAUUGAUAUUGUAUCGGUGGGUCAAAGAACUCUCCCUGCCACUUGAAAUUUACGUGGCCACACAGCGGCUCGGCCGCUUACUGGACGCCGACUUUUCCUACACCUUGGAUGCCAAGACACGGGCAAACAUGAGUUUGCGUUGUCCCGAGAUAAGGCUCAUGGCGUUGGUCGUCAUCGCGACAAAAUUACUGUUCCCGUUCGAUGACCUGAAGCGGUAUCCCACGUCCUCUCGAGAUCUUGCGGCUCUGCAUAUGGAUUGGCCGUUGUGGGUCAAGCUGCAGAACCAUGGGUCGCAGGGCACGCCAAGCCAAGACGGCAACCCCCAUGUCACGUUCGAGGACGCUUUCAAGAUGACAGAAGCGGAGAGUCUGGACCUGGCCGACGAUCGAUUGGAUGGCUAUCUCGACUGGUACGAGCGUAACAUCGCCUCUGAUGAAGUACGGGAGCGUGGUCGAGCUGGUCGCGAGGCUGACUUCAGGAGAGCGCUCUUCAGGAUGUUUCCUGCGCAAAAUGCGAACAACAAUACACGUGCACGGCCCGAAAUUGAGACAGGUGGCAAGACUUCGGCGGAUAAGCUUUUCGAAGUGCAAAGCUCGCUCCGUACGAAACGGAUAGUUCGGGAAGAAGCUGCCGACGAAAUCCCACGUCCUGGGAGCGAACACUCCUUGUAUAGGGCCGAAGAGGAUCUGGAGGGUCCGAUCAAGUUAUUCUAUGCGAAAUGCGCCGAGAUGGCAGGCUUUUCGCUGCAUGGAAUGGUGAGGGCGGUAUUCUUGAUGGAAAGAAGACUGAUGAAGCUGCGCAAAGACCUUUCCUAG